AUGGCUGCCAUUGGAGACAGCUUCACCGCUGGAAUUGGGGCAGGGGAGCAGCUUGGAGACUUUGUCCACAGACACAACGACUGGGUUUGCUCCCGUUACGACGGCACAUAUCCUAUGAUGGUGCUCGACAAGAUCGGGAGCAGCAUCGAUAAGUUUCAAUACCAUGCCUGCAGUGGUGAUCGGUCCAUGCACAUCUUCGACCAGGCGAAUAACCUGCACAACAAUGAUAUUGACCUGGUUAUUAUGACUGCCGGAGGAAACGAUCUUUGUCUUGCACAAAUGAUCAAGAUGUGCAUCAUGAUCCCCUUCUACUCGGAAGACCAAUGCAACCAGGUCAUUGCAAAGGCCCAGGAAAAUAUUGACACCAUUCUCAAAGACAAUCUCAAGCAGAUCUUGGAGGCUCUUGACGCCAAGAUGGCUGAGGAUGGAAUUGUAGUCUAUAAUGGCUAUGCCGAGUACUUCAACGAAGAAACGGACGCGUGUACGGACGAUGAGAUCUGGUACAUCCCCAAGAAGGGGCCCUUCACCGGCCUUAAACUCACCAAAGAGCGCCGGAAGAAGUUCAACGCUCUGGUCAGAGGCAUAAACGAUAAGAUCAAGACGGCGAUCGAAGAGGUGAAAGACAGCGUCAGCUACAAGAUCGGGUUCUCAAACUGGGAUCCUUGGCCACGGAAUGGCGUUGACGGGCAAUAUUGUAGUCCUAGCUCCACUGGAGAGUAUCCCGACAAGAAACAACCGGACCUGCAGUUCUUCAAGCUUGAUACUCACGUCGAACCUUAUCUUCAUGAUGAGCUCCGUCGCAGAGAGGCAGAAGCUGCAGAGGCCCUCCAGUCAGAAGAAGUCAGACGCAAGGUAGAGGCCUUGAAAACACGAAGCAUCUACGAGAGCGUCCUGUACAAGUCGCCUGAUCCUCGAGCAAUUGCGCGCUCCAAACUUGAUGCUCGUGCUCCUGAGCCUCCUGGUUGUCCUGGUGACGAUAACCCCGAUACACUCCCCUUCCCUUACAACAAGCUUUGGGACUACUUUGGUCUCGGUGCUCCUGACUCCAUGGGCAAGCUGUUCCACCCCAACGAAGAAGGCCACCGGACCAUCGCGUCCUUUGCCAUGGCGAAGAUUGUUGAUUUGCGUGCUGAGAUUCUUGGGGUUAAGAGCGAUACCUGCACGCCGUCGGAGAAGUUCACCUGUUGGUCUGGCACAGGUAGCAAGGGGUAUGCUUCGGUGAAACGCCUCGACGAACACUACGGCAAGUUCUGCGACGGAGUCAGUCCUUCGACUGGGUCUGGGGAGUGGACCGGUAAGGAGUCUUAUGACAAAGGGACGCCUGACGAACACGAAUUCGUUGUCAAGCUCGCCGAAGGUGCGGGUAACUUUGACAAGGCUCUUUGCAAAGAAGCGUUCGCGCGGAUCAUACAUGGUUGUGACGGCGGAGACCACAACCCAUUGAAUUGGAAGUAUGGCGGCGAAUACCAGCAAGGGCUGUUCACAUACCAAAUCAACAUCAAGCGCGACAAUCGCCCACCGCUGAUCAAGGAGCCCUAUGGCUCCUGCUUUGGGACCUGGUAUCCUUUCGAGGCCAGCAGCGUGUACAAGCUGAAAGGCAAGUUUCGUGCUGGGUGGAGCACUUGGGACUGGGGGCAAAAGACUCUGCUUAGCAACGCAAGGAGUUGCGUUGGUGGAGGCCUGACCCAGUGGAAAUUCAAGUAUUAUGACGAGCCAGAUGAGGAUGGCAUGGAAUGGGAGUCGUCCUUCCGGACUGUAGUCUGGGUUGGCCGUUGCUUCAAGAAUGAAGGAGUUCAAAAGGCAGCCGGCGGAUUGACCAACGGUUGCAGCGGGACAGAUGUAUUUUAA